AAUAUCACAGAAGGGACGGACUGGCACUGGCCUAUUGAUUGAGAGUUGGGGUUUUUCUUCCAUUCCCUAUACGACGACGUUCUGUUAGGGUUUUGCUUUCUUCAACAUUCAGGUCUUCUUUUUUCUUCUUCAGAGAAUCGAACGCUUCCGGAAGGCCCAAUAAAGCGUCGUAGCCAUGUACGGAUCGAGAGGGGCAAUGUUGGGAAGCGGGGGGGUUUCGGACGGGUACGAGGUCGGCUCAAAGAGACAAAGAAUGAUGGAAUCCAAUCCCUACUUCGCAGUGAGCAGCAGCACAAGUGGCUUUCAACCUUACGGCUUUGGUGGUGGCUUUCAGCCCCCUCCCUUUCCAGUGGUUCGGCUCAGGGGGCUUCCCUUCAACUGCACCGACAUUGACAUUUUCAAAUUCUUUGCUGGACUGGACAUCGUGGAUGUUUUGCUGGUUAACAAGAGUGGGCGGUUCUCAGGAGAAGCCUUUGUUGUCUUUGCCGGAUCCAUGCAGGUUGAGUUUGCUAUACAGAGAGAUCGACAGAACAUGGGUCGGAGGUACGUGGAAGUUUUCAGAUGCAAGAGGCAGGAUUAUUACAAUGCUGUUGCUGCAGAGGUAAACUAUGAAGGAAUUUACGAUAAUGACUACCAUGGAAGCCCUCCUCCAUCUCGAUCAAAGAGGUUCAGUGAUAAGGAGCAGCUGGAAUACACUGAAAUAUUGAAGAUGCGUGGUCUCCCAUUCUCUGCAAAGAAAGCUGAAAUUGUUGAUUUUUUCCGGGAUUUCAAGCUCAUAGAAGAAAGGGUACACAUUGCGUGUCGCCCGGAUGGGAAAGCUACUGGAGAAGCAUAUGUAGAGUUUGCUUCUUCAGAGGAGGCUAAGAAAGCAAUGUGCAAGGAUAAGAUGACAAUUGGAUCUAGAUACGUGGAGUUGUUCCCUUCAACACCAGAUGAAGCAAGACGGGCUGAGUCGAGAUCUAGGCAGUGAUCAGGCACUCUGGCCAGGGAAUUUAAUGCUGAUAUUGUGAUCUAUUUUUGGUGUUCCAAUGAGAUGUGCAUGUUCCUUUCAAUCUGUAGGUGCAUUUUGGUGUUAUUAACUUUCUAGGUUUUGUGCGUAGAACAAUGAGAUGUGCAUGUUCCUUUCAA